CAGACAAGACCUGAGAGGUCCAGAUGAUAGCAGGGCAUUCUGACUCAACUUGCCACAGACUGCCUUAGAAGUCUUUAACCUUAGCCACUCCACACUAGUAGCCAGAGGGAUUCCCAGCCAUGGGUGAGGUGACAGCAGAAGAGGUGGAAAAGUUUCUGGACUCACAUAUUGGCUUUGCCAAAGAGUACUACAACCUCCGCUACCGGGCCAAGGUUAUCGCAGAGCUUCUUGGAGCCAAGGAGGUGGCCGUGGACUUCAGCAGCUACCACUCACUGAGCAGUGUGGAAGAGAGUGAAAUCAUCUUUGAUCUCCUACGGGACUUCCAGGAAAACUUACAGACUGAGAAGUGCACCUUCAAUGUCAUGAAGAAGCUGUGCUUCCUCUUGCAGGCAGAUCGGAUGAGCUUGUUUAUGUACAGGGCCCGCAAUGGCAUCGCAGAGCUGGCCACCCGGCUCUUCAACGUGCACAAGGACGCUGUCCUUGAAGACUGCCUGGUGAUGCCCGACUCAGAGAUUGUCUUCCCUCUGGACAUGGGUGUCGUGGGACACGUUGCACAUUCUAAAAAGCUGGCCAACGUCCCCAACACAGAGGAGGAUGAGCAUUUUUGUGACUUUGUGGACAACCUCACAGAGUACCAGACUAAGAACAUAUUGGCCACCCCCAUCAUGAACGGGAAGGAUGUAGUGGCUGUGAUCAUGGCUGUAAAUAAAGUGGAAGGAUCCUACUUCACCCAGAGAGAUGAAGAGAUUCUUCUCAAGUACCUCAAUUUUGCAAAUCUAAUCAUGAAGGUGUUCCACCUGAGUUACCUGCACAACUGUGAGACUCGACGUGGCCAGAUCCUGCUGUGGUCUGGUAGCAAAGUCUUUGAAGAGCUUACAGAUAUCGAGAGACAGUUCCACAAAGCCCUGUACACAGUCCGUGCCUUCCUCAACUGUGACAGAUAUUCUGUGGGUCUUCUAGAUAUGACCAAGCAGAAGGAAUUUUUUGAUGUAUGGCCAGUUCUGAUGGGUGAGGCUCCACCUUACUCUGGACCAAGAACUCCAGAUGGAAGGGAAAUUAACUUUUACAAAGUCAUUGACUACAUCCUGCACGGCAAAGAAGACAUCAAAGUAAUCCCGAAUCCACCUCCUGACCACUGGGCUUUAGCAAGUGGUCUCCCUACAUACGUUGCCCAAAAUGGCCUGAUCUGCAAUAUCAUGAAUGCGCCUGCAGAGGACUUUUUUGCAUUUCAGAAAGAGCCCCUGGAUGAGUCUGGAUGGAUGAUCAAAAAUGUCCUUUCAAUGCCCAUUGUGAACAAGAAGGAAGAAAUUGUUGGGGUAGCCACGUUUUACAAUCGCAAAGAUGGGAAACCCUUUGAUGAAAUGGACGAGACGCUCAUGGAGUCUUUGACUCAAUUCCUGGGAUGGUCUGUCUUAAAUCCUGACACCUAUGAAUCGAUGAACAGGCUUGAAAAUAGGAAAGACAUUUUCCAGGACAUUGUGAAAUAUCACGUGAAGUGUGAUAAUAACGAAAUUCAGCAAAUUCUGAAAACCAGAGAGGUGUAUGGGAAGGAGCCGUGGGAGUGUGAGGAAGAGGAGCUGGCGGAGAUCCUGCAAGGUGAGCUGCCAGAUGCAGAGAAAUUUGAAAUUAACAAGUUCCACUUCAGCGACUUGCCCCUCACAGAACUGGAGCUGGUGAAAUGUGGGAUACAGAUGUAUUAUGAACUCAAAGUGGUGGAUAAAUUUCACAUUCCACAAGAGGCCCUGGUGCGGUUCAUGUACUCCCUGAGCAAAGGCUACCGCAGGAUCACCUACCACAACUGGCGGCAUGGCUUCAAUGUGGGCCAGACCAUGUUCUCCUUGCUGGUGACAGGAAAGCUAAAGCGAUACUUCACUGAUCUGGAAGCCUUGGCCAUGGUCACUGCUGCCUUCUGUCAUGACAUUGACCACAGAGGCACCAACAACCUCUACCAGAUGAAGUCCCAGAACCCACUGGCCAAGCUCCAUGGUUCCUCCAUCUUGGAAAGACACCACUUGGAAUUUGGCAAAACCUUGCUGAGAGAUGAGAACCUGAAUAUCUUUCAAAACCUCAAUCGCCGCCAGCAUGAGCAUGCAAUCCACAUGAUGGACAUUGCCAUCAUCGCCACUGACCUUGCUCUGUAUUUCAAGAAGAGGACAAUGUUCCAAAAAAUCGUGGAUCAGUCGAAGACAUACGAGAAUGCGCAGGAGUGGACACAGUACAUGAUGCUGGAGCAGACGAGGAAGGAAAUCGUCAUGGCCAUGAUGAUGACUGCCUGCGACCUCUCGGCCAUCACCAAGCCCUGGGAGGUGCAGAGCAAGGUGGCUCUGCUGGUGGCAGCUGAAUUCUGGGAGCAGGGCGACUUGGAGCGCACAGUGCUGCAGCAGAACCCCAUUCCCAUGAUGGACAGAAACAAGGCAGAUGAACUCCCGAAGCUUCAAGUCGGUUUCAUUGACUUUGUUUGCACCUUUGUCUAUAAGGAGUUCUCCCGUUUCCACGAGGAGAUAACCCCCAUGCUGGACGGGAUCACCAACAACCGAAAGGAGUGGAAGACCCUUGCUGAUGAGUAUGACACCAAGAUGAAGGCACUGGAGGAGGAGAAGCAGAAGCAGCAGGCGGCCAAACAAGCAGCCUCUGGAAACCAGCCUGGGGGAGGCCCCAGCCCGGGCGGUGCCCCCGCCUCCAAGUCCUGCUGCAUCCAGUAGCGUGCCCAGGCUGCGGCUUGCCGGGGUGAGGCCACCUUUCAAGGGAAGAUGCCAUCCGAGCAGUGGAAAGUGACAGAGCUUCUUGAGAUGCGAGGGUCACGGGAUUUGCGAAGUGAUGGAAUAGUCAGCUUACGUCUUAUCUAGUCUUAAAAAUUCUUCUUAGCCUCAAGAACUGUCUAUUGAGCUAAAGCUGAUGCUAUAGAUUUCAUACCUAUCAAUUCAACUUUUAAUCAACAUCAGAUUCACAUACUUGCUUAGAAUCAGUUUUAUUUUACUUAUUUUAUUUUGCAGUACUGGGGCCUGAACUCAGGCAAAUAAAUGGUGUACUACUGA